AAAGCGGAUCUAGUUUUCGUCAAAAUCACGAGAGUACAUCUACCACGUCAGCAGCCUCGUUGGGGAUUUAUUUGGUUGCUCGUACAAAGACGGAACCUCUCACUCACUCGCACUCUCUCUCUAAGUCAACCAUCGUUUUCUCCAGAUCUGGCGGAGGCAUUAUCGUCACAGGGAUUAUUACUAUGUCAGGAACGAGUUCAGGGAGCUUGUGGUUGGCAGCGAACCCGAGCAAGAGAUGGGGAGAGCUCUUCUUCCUCUUCUACACUCCUUUCUGGCUCACUCUCUCCUUGGGCAUCGUUGUUCCUUACAAGCUCUACGAGACAUUCACGGAGCUGGAGUAUCUGCUUCUCGCCUUGGUUUCAGCUCUUCCCGCUUUCCUCAUACCCAUGUUACUUGUUGGAAAGGCCGACAGAAGCUUACCCUGGAAAGACCGUUAUUGGGUUAAGGCAAAUCUCUGGAUAAUUAUUUUCAGCUAUGUGGGAAACUACUUUUGGACUCACUAUUUCUUCAAAGUUCUUGGAGCCUCCUAUACCUUCCCAUCCUGGAAAAUGAAUAACGUGCCUCACACAACAUUCUUCAUGACGCAUGCUUGCUUCCUCUUUUACCACGUUGCGUCCAACAUCACUCUCCGAAGGCUACGACAUUCCAUUUCUGGUUUACCAGAUUCUCUUAGAUGGUCUUUUGAGGCUGCUUGGAUUCUGGCGCUUUCUUAUUUCAUUGCUUACCUGGAGACUGUUGCUAUUGCCAAUUUUCCUUACUAUGAGUUUGUGGACCGAAGUGCCAUGUACAAAGUUGGAUGUUUGUUCUAUGCCAUCUACUUCAUUGUCAGCUUCCCAAUGUUCUUCAGGAUGGGAGAGAAACCAAGCGAUGAGUGGGACUUGUCACGUGUGGCUGUUGAUGCUUUAGGUGCUGCUAUGUUGGUAACGAUCAUUCUUGAUCUGUGGCGUCUCUUCUUGGGACCUAUAGUUCCCCUACCGGAGGGACAAAACUGCCUUCAGUCUGGUUUACCAUGGUUCUCCCGGUGAAUGGUAAUUCAUGGCUGCUUCGACCAAGUCAUGGACCGAUAGAGAAACCUGAGAAAGAGUUUCCGUAAACACUUUAUGGAAAGAAAUUAAUGCGAGGUUUUUUUGGUAAUGUUUCUGAGGUUUUUCUUAUUCCUUUUGACUGCUUGCCUUUGUUAUAUUUUUCUUCAGCUUUCUUUGUUAUAUUUUGGUAACGAAACCUUGAAGUUAUCAUUUAACCAAACAGAAUGGAAGUUUUUGUUGUUGUUGUGAAA